UCCCCCCCUCUCUCCUUCCCCCCCGCCUCCGCCGUCACCAUGGAGACCAAGCACUGCGUGGACAGCCUCAAGGUUAAGGUGAAGCUGAAGCCCCGCCCCCGGGCGCUCCCAGGGGGGGAGGACCCGAUGUCAUCUCGCCACGGGAAGAGGAUGAAGAGCUGCAGCUGGAGACGCUGGAGCUUCAGCAUCACGCUCAGCAGAGGCCCUUGCACCCCUAACGAGGGCCGCGCCAUGCCGACGGAGGAGGAGGUGGAUGUGCUGCUGAAGAAGCUGGGGGGGUGUCUGGGUCCAGACGGGUCCUCCGUAGACCAGCGGCGCUGCUGCUUCUGUAACCAGCAGGGGGACGGGCGCACUGACGGACCGGCCCGCCUGCUGAACCUGGACCUGGACCUGUGGGUGAGUCUGGAUCCACAGCACA